AUGGUUGUCCAUAAACUCCCCAUAAAACACUUAAACGAUGACCAGCAAUUACAACAAAUGGUGACCCAACAGCCAAACAAUUUUCACAGGUCGUCUAAGCCUGUACCCCUAGUUCGGCAAGCUCCAGUAUUUGAUUUAGAAGUGAUUACCAGUGAAAAUUUUGUUCCAUGGAAGAGUACGUUCAAUAUGCGCCAAGUGACACUUGCAAAUAUAAUUGAUGUAGCUAAUGGUAAUGAUAAAGCUACUACAAAAGCGGCCAAGAUGCGUGCAAAGAAUUUGGUAAACGCUGCAAAAUCUUUAGAUCUGUUGCGACAAAAUUUACAGAAUUCAAUUAAUAAAGAUAUUGAUAAUGUUAUUAAAAAAUAUUUGACUUCAUAUUUUGGCUUGGCUAUUGACAAUGUUAAAAAUAAUUUGGGUUCAAAUUGUGUAACUGAAGAUCAUGUCAGAGAAGUAUGUCGAACAAUGUUAGAUGAGGCAAAGUUAAUGUAUUCAAAUCCACCGUUGUCUGGCAGUAACUCACCAUUUAAUACAGCACAAACUACAGACAUGUUAAUUGAAUCGCGGUUUGCAAAACAACAUUCCAAAAAUAGAUCUCUACUGAAACGUAAAGAGCCACCUGUUCAAGAGGCUGAAAAUAAUCUUUCUCCUACAAUUGAACAAACAUCAUCUCAGACACCUUUGGUAAAAUUUCAUAGAUUUCAGUCCACUUGGGACCCAGUGAAAAUUCAUUCUCAAACAUUAUUUGUGUUGGCUACAAGAGCUGCUAACAAGAGAGGAGGUCGUAUGGGCAAUAAACAUCCAGAACUAUUUCAAUAUACCAUUGAUAUGGAAGAUCGAGAUUGGCUGAUGAAGCAAAAAAUGUUUGUUUUACCACCACCUACAUCUGUAAAUGCAACUUCAAUACUGUUAUUGGACGAUGUGCAAUCAAUAUUGAGUACUGUGAAUCAGAAAAAUAAUCCUCAUGAACUCAAAGGUUUUGAAUUACCAGAGUUUAUAUUGAACAAAGUAAGAUCCACAAUGAUUCUCAAUAAACCUCCUGAAUUACAGUCUCCUCAACAAAUUAUUAUUACUGAAAAUGGCGAAAUUGAAGAGCAACCUGUGUGCAGUAUAACUUUGAACGAAAAUACAAAUUCUUCAAUCACUCAAUCCCAUGCAGAAUCAAGUAGUAUCAUCAUCUCAGGGACAUCAACAACACUUGCUGAAGCGUUAAAUAUGCUCGAAUAUGGUGAAAGAUUACCACAACACAAUGAAAUUCCACAUUCAUCGCCAAACAAUAACACAGGAUUGGCAAACACACAUUCCACCCUUACCGCGCUUUUAGCUGCUGAAAAUAAUUUCAUGCCCAAUAACAGUCAAGCUAAUAAUACACAGUUUGGAAUGUAA